AUGAAUUCUCUGAGAUCCCUAACACGACUGCCAACGCAAUUGCAAUUACGCGGCGCGGCUACAUGCAUACAAGCGCAGAAGAGGCCGAAUAGUGUUUGCAGACGGUAUCUGGCAACACAGCAGCAUGUGGAUAAGAAAUUGGUUGAGAAGCAGCCGUUGGCUGGUAUCAAGGUGUUGGAUAUGACAAGGGUGCUUGCAGGGCCAUAUUGUACGCAAAUACUUGGGGAUCUUGGUGCGGAAAUUAUCAAGAUUGAACAUCCUACGAGAGGCGACGAUACGCGAGCAUGGGGGCCACCAGAUUUGCCUUAUACUGAUGGUGUUGAGCGGGCAUUUCCGGGUGAGAGUGCAUACUAUCUCUCUGUAAACCGCAACAAAAAGUCUGUUGGACUCGCCUUCAACACCCCGUCCGGAAUCUCCCUUCUCCACUCACUCGUCCAACAAUGCGACGUCCUAGUAGAAAACUAUCUCCCAGGUAGCCUCGCCAAAUACUCCCUCGACUAUGCCACCCUCUCCGUGCUCAACCCCUCCCUCGUCUACGCCUCCGUCACGGGCUACGGCCAAACAGGCCCCUACAGCAACCGCGCCGGCUACGACGUCAUGGUCGAAGCUGAAAUGGGCCUCAUGCACAUCACCGGCGAGCGCAACGGACCGCCCGUAAAAGUCGGCGUCGCCGUAACCGACAUCAUGACGGGCAUGUACACAGCCAUUGGCAUCCAAGCCGCGCUCUUCUCGCGCGCCACCACAGGACUCGGCCAACACAUCGACGCCAGCCUCAGCGACGUACAAGUCGCCAGUCUCGCCAACAUUGCCUCGAGCGCGCUCGUCACGGGCAAAGGCGACAGCGGCCGCUGGGGCACCGCCCACGCCACCGUCGUCCCCUACCGGGCCUACAAGACCAAAAACACAAACAUUGCCGUCGGCGGCUGCAACGACCGCCUCUACCGCAUCCUCUGCGAGAAACUCGGAAAACCAGAAUGGGCCACCGAUCCCCGCUUCCUCACAAACGCCCUGCGCGUCAAACACCGCGACACGCUCGACGCGCUCAUCGAGGCGCGACUGCAGACGCAGACGACAGAGCACUGGCUCCGUGUGUUUGACGGCAGUGGAAUGCCGUAUGCGGCUGUCAACGAUAUCAAGGCGACCAUGGAGCACGAACAUGUGCUUGCGCGCGGCAUGAUUGAGGAGGUUGCGCAUAAGGCGUGUGGGACGGUCAAGUUGGUGAAUCACCCGGUCAAGUAUUCGCGCGUGGAGCCGCGGAUACGGAGUGCGCCGCCGUUGCUGGGCGAGCAUACGGAUGAGGUGUUGGGGGGCAUGUUGGGGCUUGGGGAGGCGGAGAUUGCGGGGUUGAGGGAGAAGGGGGUUGUUGCGUAG